CACCUAAUUCUUUAAACGACAUCGUACCAAACCUCUCUUAUCAUUUAUCAACCCACCACAAACAUUAUUACUGCCACAAAUUUCAAAAUCCCUAAAAAGCUUCAAAAAAGUCACCAACAAUGGCGGAAACCGAGACCGAGACGAUCACCACCACCACCACCACCACUUCUCCUACGGCGAUCUCAGAAACCGAAACCUCCACCACAUUACCAACAAUGGAGACGGAGAAGAAUCCAAAUCCAGUAACCAUUUCGCUCCGAAUCUGGCCACCGACUCAAAAAACUCGCGACGCCGUCAUUAACCGUCUGAUCGAAACACUAUCAACCGAAUCAAUCCUCUCUAAGAGAUUCGGAACUCUCGAUUCCGAAGAAGCUUCCUCCGUCGCGAAAUCAAUCGAAGACGAAGCUUACGCCGUCGCUUCCGCCGCCGUUGUUAGUGAUGACGACGGGAUCGAGAUUCUUAAAGCUUAUUCUAAAGAGAUUAGUAAACGUAUGCUUGAAUCUGUGAAAGCUAAGACUAAUGUGGCUUCUCCUCCACCAAAGGAUGGUGAUGGAACUCCAGAUUCAAGUGAAGAUGUUAAAGACGAUGAUGCGAAUCCAAAGCUUGACGAGGCUUGAAUAUGGUGUUGUUCUCUUAUCUCUCUAAUUAUCUUUUAAACGAUUAUUAUCUUUGUAGUGUGACUUGUUGAUUUCGCAUUUCUUACUAAUAUGAAUUUGUGUUCGCUUUGGUUUUGAGUCUUUUGAUGUUGGAUUCUGGAUGAUUGUGCUUUCUUAAUCAUGGUAAUUAGCUUGAA